CUACAUCUUAUUACACCUCCCUUGAAUUUCUUCUGCUGCCGAGCUGUUGGUAUAUAAAGGUGCGUGGGAGGACCGUAGAAAUUAUCAGUUGCUCAUUUGUUCUACCGGACUCAACAUGAAAUUGUUCGUUAUCGCUGCUCUCUUGGCUUUGGCUUCCGCCGCACCAUCCGGCAGCACUUACGGUGGAUACAAACCCGCCAUCAGCAUCGUAAGCCAAUCUGAUGUCCGCAACGGUGACGGAAGUAGCCAGUGGAGCUACGGCGGAUCUGACGGUACCACACGCGAGGAGGCUCAGUCUCAGCUACCUGGAAGCGGCGGCGACUACGGUUAUGGCGGUGGAAACACCAACAGAGGAGCAACCUACUGGAUUUCACCGGAAGGCCAGAAAAUCUCUUUGACAUGGACAGCCGAUCAGAACGGUUAUCUGCCGAAAGGUGACCACUUGCCAGUCGCCCCUGCUCUCCCUUACUUCCGCACUGGGCUCGGCAUUUAAAUCACCUCGUCUGACGCAACUAUUCCAGGCUGACAAAGUCAAUCUUAUGCAUGCCCACCUCUUAAUAUAUUGUUGCAAAUAUAAUCAGUCAGAGAACAAAAAGAGAAAA